AUGCGAACCACUCAAGAAGACGACCACAAACGCCAGCACACAGACAACAACUUAAUCAACACCAGAACCUCCGCAGCCGAUACCGCCCACUACCUCGCCCCAAAAUCAAGUAACGACGUCUUCACCGUUUUCACAAUAAGCCGUCACCGUUCCAGCUCGAAAAUAAGCCAAAGUAACAUCUUCACCUUUGUCCGUGUUCUCACAGUUCUUAACAGAAAUGUAGCUAAAAUCGAACGCUUACUGUCCGUCCCAUUCGUAAUUCCACCAUAG